CAGAUUCGUGAAGACGUACACUGAGCGGUGAAGAACAGUUACCGAAGGUAGAAUAACGGUGUUUUGAAGAGCUCCAGAAGCGUUUAUCGAAAGUGGUUCAACAUUCAUUCGAAAAUAUGAAGAAAAUACUUCUAACCAGUGUGCUUCUUGCAGUGAUGUUUUGGGAGGCUAAAACAGAAGAAAGUCUUUUCGAGCAAGAUCUGGGUGACCAGUUCAAGAUCGAUGCUUCGACGCGAGGUGUGCAAAAAGUUAAUCUCCGCUGCGGUGCCGAUUCGAUGAGAAUUGAACUGAAGACCGAGGAAGACUUCGAUGGUGUUAUGUAUACGAGGGGAAGCUUCUAUAAGCAGAGUGAACCGUGUUUCGUCAAACCGAAGCGUGCAGGAAAAUCGUUGGAGAUGAAAUUUAACCUCGACCAGUGCCAGACAAUCAACGAGGGUGAAGUGUACUCGAACAUCGUUGUAGUUCAGCAUGAUCCCGAUCUGGUAACUCCGGGAGAUGCUGCGUUUGCCGUAGAGUGUGACUUCCGGAAGCCACGUGGGGUAACCGUUAGUUCUCAGUUCCAGGCUAGAGAUAGUGUUACACCUACAUCGCGCAUCACACUGACAAGUCCAGAUCCUUCGGCACCCACGCAAGAACACAACGAGCACAAUUCGGUUUAUAGUGACUCGGAUACAGUUUCGUUCGUGCCGGGCCACUUCGCGAAUCAAACCGCUGACGGAAAGCGAGUGAAGGGCUCGGUGGAGACGGUCGAAAUUUCAUCUAACAGAAUCACUGAUGAACUCUGAACCAACAAAUAGCAUUAUUUAUUGAACCAUUAUUUAUUCGAUUCUUACUAAUUCUGAUUCUCCUAUUUUUCAGGCCUGUCUUACAGAAAGUUAACGCCACUCCCUCCCAUCCUUCUGAGAACUAAUACUUUUUUUCCGAAGUACACUAUUAGUUCUAAUCCGAUAGAAUGCCAAACAGGACUGAUUUCCAUGUGCACGUGAAAAACGUAUUUUAUUUGCAAGAUAUUAGCAUUAUCUGUUAACUAAUUAUACUAACCCGUAUUACCAGAGCAUGCCAAUGGUAGCUGAUAGUUUCUAGUAUUUUAGAGGGUAGAAUAUAGACUAGAAUCUGAGUGUUAUUAUGAAUAGGAAUGAUCGAAACGUGUCACUGUUGUAAGCUGACAUAUGAAGCGCUUAAUAAUGAAUUUACUUGAUGCAUGCGUACAUUUGUGUGAAUGGGAAUGUUACCGUAACAGUA